CUUGUCACUCAAUAUAAAUAAAUAACAAACACAUCAACAUAAAUUAGUUACUUAAAAUCUAAAUUCUAGUGGAAUGGAAAUAGACAGAAUAGAAGAAGAAGAAGAAGCAGAUAUAAAUAACAAUAUUAUAACAGACUCAGAACAAGAACUACCAAAUAGAUACAAUCAAGACAUUCCAAGGGUAGAAACUCCUCUAACAGUUGAAACUGGAACAAGAAACUUAACUGAAAUUAGACAGCAAAUCAGCAGAAGCCUUAGCACUCGUGCAGCAAAUAUACGACAAUAUGUCAGCGCUAUAGCAAGCAACAUCUCUUCGGAGUAUUAUGAAGAUAUCGUCAAGAGGGUGGCAUACAUGUGCUUUAUUACUUUAUUUAUUCUAAUUGCUAUUGGCUAUGCUUACUCUCAACCUGGUACUGGGGUGAGAUUAAAAUGGCGAAGGUCUGUCCGAAAAAUGAAACGGUUUUCAAAAGGAGUGUUCCCUGUCUUUCAAGAGUCUACUGCUGGAUUUUACCCAAUUCUCAAAGAUAUCGUUAAUGUGGCUCACGUUAUUUUGAAUCAUGUGUUUGAUUAAAGGUUAUGCAAUAAACUAUGAAUAUAUGUUUUUAUAUAAAUUA